CCUGGCUUAUCUGCUUCCUUGUACGUAGGCGAACUUGACCCUAAUGUAUCAGAAUCCGUCCUGUUCAAGUUGUUCAAUAUGAUUGGUCCGGUCUCUAGUAUUCGUGUUUGCAGAGACGCCAUCACUAAAAAGUCUUUAGGCUAUGCUUAUGUCAAUUUCCAUACAAUGGGGGAUGCUGAGCGCGCUCUUGAAGCACUCAAUUAUACUGCUAUCCUUGGUCGCCCUUGUCGUAUUAUGUGGUCUCAACGUGACCCUGCUCUUCGCAGAACCGGAAAUGGAAAUAUCUUUAUCAAAAAUUUAGACCCUUCUAUUGAUAACAAAGCACUUCACGACACAUUUUCAGCUUUUGGUAAUAUCUUAUCUUGCAAGAUUGCUCAAGACCAUCAAGGAUAUUCCAAGGGUUACGGCUUUGUGCACUAUGAAACAGAAGAAGCUGCUGAAGAUGCUAUCAAGAAUGUCAACGGUAUGCUUUUGAAUGACAGAAAAGUUUUCGUAGGUCAUCAUAUCUCUAGAAAAGAACGACAAUCCCGUCUUGAAGAAAUCCGUUCCAAUUUCACCAACCUUUACAUCAAGAAUCUUUCCCCUGAAGUGGAUGAAGAAGAAUUACGCUCUCUUUUUGCUUCCUUUGGUCCUAUCACUUCCGCUGUGGUUACUCGAGAUGAAGAAGGUCGCUCUCGUGGCUUUGGUUUUGUCAAUUUCGAACAACAUGACGAUGCCGCGAAAGCUGUAGAUGAACUCAAUGCCACUCUUUGUCAUGGACAACCCCUUUAUGUCUCUCGUGCUCAAAAGAAAAACGAACGCGAAGAAGAAUUACGCCGUCAAUAUGAACAAGCCAAAAUGGACAAAUUAAACAAAUACCAGGGUGUCAAUCUUUACGUCAAAAACUUGGAAGAAUCCAUUGAUGAUGAACAAUUACGUGAAGCCUUUGCUGCUUUCGGUCAUAUCACAUCCGCUAAAGUCAUGCACAAUAACAGAGGCGUCAGUCGUGGAUUCGGCUUUGUUUGCUUCUCCUCCCCUGAGGAGGCCACACAAGCUAUCGCUGAAAUGAACGGUCGUAUGUUGGGAUCAAAGCCUAUCUAUGUUGCUUUGGCUCAACGUAAGGAUGUGAGACGAUCCCAAUUAGAAGCACAAAUGGCCAAUAGACGUGGUUAUCACCAACAACAACAACAACAACAACAAUCCAUGAUGGGCAUGGGUCAUCCUUCUCAACAUCAUCCAUCCAUGUAUUAUGGUGCUCCUAUGCCUCCUCAUCGAGGUUUCAUCCCUCAACCCAUGAUGCAACACCCUCGUUACCCCAUGAUGCAUCCAUCCCAUAAUAGACCGCCUCGUGGAUCUCGUCGUUAUAACAACAACUACAGCAACAACAACAAUUACCAUCAGCAAAAUAACAGUAGACCUUAUAAUAAUGGGGAAAGCGCUGAUGCUUCUGCUGCUGCUGCUGCUGCUACUGCUACUACCUCUGCUUCACCUGCAAAUGACACCCACACGGAAGGUCUUGAAAAUCAACUUGAAUCUUUAACCUUGAAUGAUUUGAAUCAAUUAUCUCCUGAAGAUCAAAAGCAAUCCCUUGGUGAACGAUUGUAUCCUCUUAUCAAUGCACAAGAACCGGAAUAUGCUGGUAAAAUCACCGGUAUGCUCUUGGAAAUGGAUAAUGCAGAGUUGGUCUCUUUGAUCAACAACCAUCAUUUGUUAUCUUCCAAAAUCCAAGAAGCCAUGGAUGCGCUCAAGCAACACUUGGCU